UCACGGCGCACCAGGGCCAUACCGGAGCUGGUCCAGCAAGUCGUCUUAAGCUGCAAUGAAUGCCCUAGUAGUGUGGAAGUGAAGGGGUCCCGACUUCCACAGCGAUGAUCACAGCCCCGAAUUGAAGCAGGCUGGUGGGGAGCGCGAGGUAUUUGAGUCUCGCAUAAAUCCGCGGGAAACGCCAGCUGUAGCGCAACUGGAUGGCCCGAAGGGAGACGCGCCACAGCGCUGUGCAGCCGCGCCGGGAGGGUUCUCUUGGCUGCUUCUGAACAACUAUUACCUUGCGCACUCGGAACACCAGGGCCGCGUUUGACGUCCGGCGGAGGUUCAGCAAAACUUGGGCUGCGGGCUGUUUGUGAGCUGAGAUCCAAGCUCUCUGAUGCAGUGGCUACAAGGCUGUGCGUCCCGCUCACAACCAAACUUUUACGCUUUGAACUCCUGUUUUCGACUGAUUUAAAUGCGCUUGGUGCUAAGCCAACGCCGAGUUUCUUCUUUACGCGUCGUGGCGACUAUUUCCCUGCGACUCCAAAUAACGGCUCGCUUUUUGUGUCGAGGCACUUGGAUGGAUUGCAGAGAUUCGUUAUUUAAACUAGAAAUCCGAACCAUACCGUUUUUAGAGAACUACUCGGGGCCAACUGGCUCGUAUGCCUAAACGGCCUCCACUUUGAUUUCUGACCAAGGAAUGUGUCUGCUUGGUGAUAUUUAACCCACCUCUGAGUGUUUUCCUAAAGCCGUUUUUUAUUUAAAAUUAAGGGCGACUGGACAAGAUGAACCUGUGUAUCAUCAGCAUUGUGUUCACUUUGGAUUUAGUCGCCGUGGCACUUAGUUUGUCCACAUGCAGUACGCUGGACAUGGAACAGUUCAAGAAGAAGCGCAUCGAGGCCAUCCGAGGGCAGAUCCUGAGCAAGUUAAAGCUCACUGCGCCACCGGAGGACUUCCCGGAGCCCGAUGAGGUGUCCGGAGACAUUGUCGCAAUUUACAACAGCACCCGGGAUUUGCUGCAGGAAAAAGCCAACGAGCGGGCGGCGACGUGUGAGCGACAGCGGAGCGAGGAGGAGUAUUAUGCCAAGGAGGUGCACAAGAUCGACAUGCAGCCUUUCCACCAGUCAGAAAAUGUCAUCUCUCCUACACACUUCAGCCCAUACUUCAGGCGGCUGACAUUUGAUGUGUCCUCCAUGGAAAAGAAUUCAUCCAAUCUGGUUAAAGCGGAGCUCAGGAUUUUUCGUCUUCAAAACCCAGUCGCCCGAGUUUCUGAGCAGCGCAUUGAACUCUACCAGAUUUUAGGACACAAGGACCUGGCAUCGCCAACACAGCGCUAUAUUGACAGCAAGGUAGUGCGCACACAGACAGAGGGAGAGUGGCUAUCCUUCGAUGUGACGGAGGCAGUGAGCGAAUGGCUGAACCACAGAGACAGAAACAGUGGAUUCAAGAUCAGCCUGCACUGCCCUUGCUGCACAUUUGUACCAUCAAAUAACUUCAUUAUUCCCAACAAGAGUGAGGAGCUGGAGGCAAGGUUUGCAGGUAUCGAUGAUAGCUUCAUCCAUGGUGGUGACUUGAAACUGUUUAAGAAGAGAAAGCACAACAGUCGAGCUCCACAUCUUCUCCUCAUGUUACUGCCUUCCUACCGACUAGAGUCUGAGUCUCAAUCGCAGCACAUCAGAUCUAAGAGGGCCCUGGGGGCUGCCUACUGCUCCAAAAAUGUUCAGGACAACUGCUGCUUACGUUCACUCUACAUCGACUUUAAGAAAGACCUAGGCUGGAGAUGGAUCCAUGAGCCAAGAGGCUACGAGGCUAACUUCUGUGCUGGGGCGUGUCCCUACCUGUGGAGCGCUGACACACAGCAUUCUAAGGUGUUAGGCUUGUAUAACACCAUCAACCCUGAAGCAUCAGCAUCACCCUGCUGUGUCUCCCAGGACCUUGAGCCUCUCACCAUCCUGUACUACGUGGACAGGACCCCAAAAAUAGAGCAGCUCUCCAAUAUGAAGGUCAAGUCCUGCAAGUGCAGCUAAAAGGACAAAGUGAUUGUACUACAAGUCCAAAUAUUUUCUGUGACCUUCCUUCAUGUAAACAGAUACAUACAGUGGAGAUAAACCAUAAGUUUACUCUACCAUUCAAACACAACCACAAUCAGGACUGGUGUGUUGGAGAACAGUGCAGCCUAAAAGCAGUCAGACCAAAGAACUACUGGCUUUUAACGCACACUGAAGAUAAAAUAUGCAAGUCAGAAAAUGUUCACGUAUUGUCCGGCACAGAUGAACUAAGAGUACUUAUGUAGCAUAGGAUUAAGGAUGUUAAUCGUUGGUGUUUUUGACAACACAACUAGACUGAAAAGAGUCAGAUCAAAUCAAGCAGCAAGUAAGGGACAAAAUCAAUGAAUCAAAAUCAAAAAUUCUAAACAUUUGAAUUCAAAGUCGAAAUCAAAACCUAGGAUUGUGUCAAUAUGUGGUGACAUGAAUGAGGCUAACACUGGAAGCAUACAUGAGAACUGUCUUACCCACUGUCUGUCUCCCCUCCUUACCCUGUGUCUUUUUUUGUAUCCUUUCUUUUUCUAAAUUUAAAUGUGGAUUUUAUGUAAAUGCACAUUUACAUCCAGGUAAAGGAGUGGAUAGCAUCAACCACAUGCUAAUAACAUUUAUGCUUCUCUAUUCUGUGAUGUUUAUAGAUGUUGCAUUUAUAAAAAUAUUAAUUGUCAAAUACAUGUAAAGACACCAUUAAAAAUAACAUGAGCAUCAUCGCUCAUUAAAAGAACAUUUUUAUUUUAACUAUUAACUUGUGCCAUGUGCCGAGACGUGUGUGUAUUUUUACAAAGUAGUUACAACUCUGGGUUAAAUGUUAAUUAACCAUCUGUCUCUAGUAGCCCAUCACUUAAAUGAAACCACAUUCUGAAUUCAAGGUAGAAUUUGGAAAAAGUUCGGUUUCACCUAGAGAUUUUUUUCCUACACCAGGGAUGUUCGACCCUGGUCCUUGAGAGCCACUAUCCUGCUGGUUUUCCAACUCUUCCUGCCCCAGCUAAUAUUGAUCACCUUGACCAGGUGUGUUCAGUCAUUCAGCAUCAAACUGAUACACCUGAAUAAGGUAAUCAACAGGGAAAGUUGGAAAACCAGCCGGACAGUGGCUCCUAACCUAAUACACCCAAGCUAGAGGACCACUGUGAUACCUUACGAUUACUGCUGUGUAUUUGCAGACAUAUGUCACUUGACUGGCUUCUUAAAAAGAAAGUGCCUGUAAAUGGACCAUGAUAGGUGUUGUCUGAUAAAUUCCGACACAGUCAUUGUUUCAUGUCUGUCAGUCUGUUGUUACAAACCCCACCUCAGGCUCUCUUCAAUGCACCACCCUAAACUGGAAUUCUACCGUUACCUCUCACCCGCCUACAACAGAAUUGACAUGACAUGGCUGAUAAAUCUGAAUUGGGAUCAGAAAGAUGUCAUUGCUCUGUGAGACAGAGUUUGCAGUUAGAAGACAAAGACACUCUGACAUGACUUCACUGAGCUACACACUGAAACUUGUGGUUCUCUUAGAGGUCUUGGUCAUUUUCAGGUGUCCAUUCCAAUAUUCUUUAGCCUGAAAAAGAAUAAUAGAGAUAAUAGGGAAUAUUUGAACCAAUAUUCAAAGUUACUCACUCUGUUGAAUCACUCACAGUUCUCUCCUCAGUGUAUAUGAUCAUAAAUAGCAACAGUCUUGUAGCCAAAGACAAACCAAAGAUUAGACUCAGUUCACUAAUUUACUAAUUUACCCUUCAUGCUUGCUUUAUUUUGCUUUAUGCUUUAUUUUCAUGUAGGACGCUGUAGCCUGCAUUUAUUUAAUGAAUAUGUGUACUAUAGCCUCCAGUUAAAGCAGCAGACAUGUUGAUGAUGCAGAAAAGGAAGCAGUUUCUCGUCUAUAGAGACCAGUCUCUGUAGCAUCAUUAUUGUCAUUACUACCAACCUGAAAGCUGCAGGAGACUUUAUUCUACCUUCAUCAGUCCAUCAUUGUCAUUGUUUUUCUGGGCUACAAAACAACAGCACUGAUGCUGUUUUCACUCCCUGUAGUCCCAAACACUACAGGCACCGGUUCUGUCAGGAUAGAGAUGCUUUUGUUGUGAUGGUUUGACAAUAUCACUGAUGAUGACACAUAUUGUAACACAUUGUUGCUUUAGUGGUUAAUAAAUUAUUUAAGCUUCUGA